UAGUUGCCCAAUUAUCUUACUAAUACUCCCGCAGUAAUACCUCUCUGUUAAAUUUCCCGGGAAACACAAUUAAUCCCAUUCACAAGCAUCCCUCCCGAUCCACCGCCGCAUCUCAUCUUCAAGCACUCCCAACCCCAGCAACGCCAUCAACCCCGCUCUUCGGAAAAGGGUUCCGCAACUUCUCAAGGAGGAAUCUGGAAAUCUCAGAAAUCUAUGGAAACUCCCAGCACGAGCACAUCCUCCACAGAACCCAAAACUCCGGCGUCGAAGCUUCUCAGCUCAUCCUAUCGCCGCCCCUCGUCGUCUCGGACGAUCUACAGCGACCGUUUCAUUCCCAGUCGCUCUUCUUCCAACUUUGCCCUCUUCAAUCUUCCUAAUUCCAGUGCCAAUUCGUCUUCUGAUGAUUCACAUUCUGCUUACACUAACCUUCUCAAGUCUGCCCUUUUUGGACCCGAUUGUGUUGGUGGUGUUAAUGGGUUUCAGCCUUUGACUCCGGAGAAAUCUGUGUCUGGUGGAAGAUUUGGGAGUAGGAAUAGUGAUGGUAACGUUUUGCAGAUUAGUCCUCCUAAUUGCAAUAUUUUCAAGUACAAGACUGAGACGCGGAAAUCUUUGCAUUCUCUGUCGCCGUUUGGGUUUGAUGACCAGCUCCCUGGGGUGUCUCAUAACCCUGUCAAGGCUCCUAGAAAAGUUCCAAGGUCUCCGUACAAGGUCUUGGAUGCUCCAGCUUUGCAAGAUGAUUUUUAUCUUAAUCUUGUAGAUUGGUCUUCACAUAAUGUGCUGGCAGUGGGGUUGGGCAACUGUGUCUAUCUGUGGCAUGCUUCUAGCAGUAAGGUGGUGAAGUUGUGUGAUUUGGGAAUUGAUGACAGUGUCUGUUCUGUUGGCUGGGCACACCGUGGUACACAUCUUGCUGUUGGAACUAACAAUGGCAAACUCCAAUUAUGGGAUGCGUCUCGUUGCAAGAGGAUUAGAACUAUGGAAGGGCAUCGGCUGCGAGUUGGUGCCCUGGCCUGGAGCUCAUCUGUGCUAUCUUCAGGAAGCCGGGACAAGAGUAUUCUUCAACGUGAUAUACGAGCUCAAGAAGACUAUGUGAGCAAGUUAAGUGGACAUAAAUCAGAGGUUUGUGGAUUGAAGUGGUCUUACGACAACCGAGAAUUAGCGUCGGGUGGAAAUGACAAUAGACUUUUUGUCUGGAACCAACAUUCAACCCAGCCUGUGCUAAAAUACUGUGAACACACUGCUGCUGUAAAAGCUAUUGCAUGGUCACCCCAUCUCCAUGGACUCCUUGCUUCUGGAGGUGGCACUGCUGACCGAUGCAUUCGUUUCUGGAACACCACUACCAAUUCACACCUCAGUUGCAUGGAUACUGGAAGUCAGGUGUGCAAUCUUGUGUGGUCUAAGAAUGUUAACGAACUUGUGAGCACCCAUGGCUACUCCCAAAACCAGAUUAUAGUGUGGAGAUAUCCUACCAUGUCAAAGUUGGCAACUCUAACAGGCCAUACAUACAGGGUACUAUAUCUUGCUAUUUCACCCGAUGGACAGACAAUUGUAACAGGAGCAGGAGAUGAAACACUUAGGUUUUGGAAUGUUUUCCCUUCACCUAAGUCUCAGAACACUGAAAGUGAAAUUGGAGCGUCAUCUCUUGGAAGAACUCAGAUUCGAUGAAAUAUAAAGCCAUACAGAUCUGCACUAGUCCCUCGCUAUUUAUUAUUUCGUUCUCAAUUCAUGAAGGAUAGUCAUGACUUGCAAGGCAAUACAGAUUAAAGUAGAUGGUCUGAUCAGGCAGAACUCUGUGUAGAGGGCUGCAGGAACCGAGUCUGUUGCUUCUUGCAAUCUGGGAACUAGGUAAAUAUCUAUUGUCAACAUUCUUGAUUGACGAUCAAAGUGUACAGCAGGAGUCGUUAUCUAAUGCUCGGUAACUUCUCCCAUGCCCCUGUAAUGUAGUAGAGAGAGGCUACAUUUUGUAGCAUCGGACGCUUCCCCCUUCCGGCUCAUUAUUUGCGUUUGUAAAGAAUUGCUACUCUUUUUAUUUUUUUCUUGUGGGAAGAACUUCUUGUUGUUCCUACACUAUCCUGUAAUAUAUGAAAAUUCUGCAGUCAAAAUCUGUUAGCAUUGUGA